GAUUUGCGCGCUAAUAUGUCUAAAAGUGAAGAGCUACACCAUAAAGAGCUUGAAGCUCUACAAACCAGCAGUCUUUUGCGAAUUGAUAAUCUGGCUGCUCAAUUGCACCAGGCUAUUCAAGAGCUCGCUGCCACCAAGUCUCAGUCGGCCUCUCUCACUUCUACUAUUCCUUGCCAACCCACAACAGAAAGCCCUCAUCAGCUCUUACCAUUCGCUUCCUUGGCAAGCCCACCAUCAGUCAGAAAUGAAAAUGUCUGGAUCUGCAAAGGACUUCGACCUUGCUUUCCUAGUUCCAAUAGAGCCUGGGCCAGCACCUCCGCUCUCACAGAUGCGGCUAGAUAUGGAUCAGGUUUUUUACAUACGUGA